AUGGACAGCACCGCAGGCCUAUCGGUCCUCAACCCAUCGCCCAAAAGGGCAUCUGGACCAACACUACUACACAAUCUUGUACGGCCUGCCAGCGAGGACAUUGCGCUGGAGCACCUCUGCGGAGGUGAAAUCACCAAGCUCUCCUACAAUUCACUCCACGAAGCUUCUGAUGCAUUGGCAUCUCAAAUCUCUCUGUCGUGCGACUCUGUCCAAGGCCAGCUGAUCGUACCUGUUCUUCUACAGCAGUCUCCAGAUCUAUAUAUCACGCUGCUAGCUAUUCUCAAAGCGGGAGGUGCAUUCUGUCCUUUAAACUUAGACGCUCCUGCAGAAAGAGUUCAGUUCAUAUUGAAAGAUGUCGGUGCCAAGGUUGUCAUUACUAGUCCAGAGCUGUCCUCUAGGAUACCCACAGAUACAGGAGCCGCCAUUCUUCACGCCUCCGACAACUAUGAAGUCGCUGGCCAGCAUCAACAGGCCACCACACGGCAGCCCACGCCGGACAGCUACGCCUAUGUAAUGUACACGUCGGGGUCGACCGGCACGCCCAAAGGUGUCUCGAUAUCCCAUUCUGCUGUCACGCAAGCGCUUCUCGCCCACGACCCUCACAUCCCGCGCUUUUCAAGAUUCUUUCAAUUUGCAGCGCCAACCUUCGACGUCUCCGUCUUUGAGAUCUUCUUCCCUCUUUUCCGCGGCCAGAAUCUCAUCAGCGCUAGCCGGCAAGAAACACUGAACGACCUUCCCGCUGUACUGCGGCAUAUGAACGUCGAUGCUUGCGAGCUUACGCCGACAGUGGCAGCAAGUCUCCUCCGAAAGAGAGAAAAUGCGCCCCAACUCAAGCUCUUGCUGACAAUUGGAGAGAUGCUGAACCCGCUGGUGGUGAGAGAGUUUGGCAGCUCUGGGGACAGAAACAGCAUUCUGUGGGCAAUGUAUGGCCCGACGGAGGCAACGAUUCACUGUACAUUACAAGGAGACUUUCAAUCAGACUCAUCUACCGGAAACAUCGGAACUCCGCUGGAAACUGUAUCCUGUUUCGUCAUCAAGCCAGUGACCGACGGAUCUGACCCAGCCGAAUUCGAAGUACUCCCCAUGGGACACAUUGGCGAACUCGCGGUUGGUGGACACCAGCUUGCGUCCGGGUACCACAACGAUGCGCUAAAAACGAACAAUGCGUUUAUCAACUCACCAUACGGGCGUGUAUAUCGCACCGGCGACAAAGCCAAACUUAAUGAGGAUGGGACCCUCGAAUGCUCGGGGCGUAUAUCUGAUGGGCAGGUCAAGCUGCGGGGGCAGCGUAUUGAGCUGGGAGAAAUUGAGCAUGCGGCCCUAAAGACGAGAGGAUGCCACGGUGCCACUGCAAGGGUGAUUGGCGCAAUUUUGGUCCUCUUCUGUGCCGUGGAUGAAUGUGUCUCGGAAGGCGAUAUUCUUGACAACUGCAGUCAGUGGCUGCCGCAAUUCAUGGUACCUGGCGAAGUGGUACUUUCAGAGGAGCUGCCGAGACUACCCAGCGGCAAAGUCAACGCAAAAGAACUUCAGAGGCGAUUUGAGCAAGCAAAAAGCCAAAUAGCAGAAUCCGACGACCUCGAAAAGACUACAGAGCCUGAGCUACUGCAGGUUCUACAGGAUUAUUUUGGGUCGCAACUGAGUCUUCAGACCGAGCUGACCCGGGCUGGACUAGACUCCCUCACAUCGAUCGGGCUUUCUUCUAGUUUGCGACAUGUUGGGUACAAUAUACAGGCUGCGUCGCUGCUGAGGCUGAAGAACAUCAAGCACCUCAUUUCCUCGAUAUCAAGAUGUGAUGAGAUCGAGGAAAAUGGCAAGAAAAUUCGGCCGACGGUCAGCUGCCUUAAGAGACUGGCCGAGAUCAAGUCUGAAGAACUCGAGGCCGAAAUCUCAUAUCGCAAAAUUCAGGACGUCCUCCCUUGCUCCAAUUUGCAAAUUGCCAUGCUCUCUGAAACAAUGCGCAACCCUGAGGCGUAUUGGAAUACUGUGGUUCUUCAACUGUCUACGACAGCGGCUGCUGAUGAGGUACGGCGGGCCAUCCGCGAAGUUGUUCGGCAGAAUGAGAUUCUUAGAACUGGGUUUCUGCAACAUGAGUCCGAAUUUUAUUCUAUUAUCUUUGAUGGUAUAAACUCAAAUUGCAUCACGACAUCGAGCGGAAGCGGCCUGGCAACGGCAAAUAAAUCCAGUGCAAGUUUACUACACCCAUUGCAGAUUCACAUCACCACAAUUGCCGAGGAAAAUAUGCACAGCCUCCAAAUAUACAUCCAUCACGCCAUCUACGACGGCUGGUCUCUGGACCUUCUGAAGUCUGAUUUGGCAAGAGCCAUCGACAACAAGAAGCUGCUACCGACACGGGCCCAAUUUCGAGACGUGCUCGCCUUUUCCUUGUCAGAGGAAUGUGAACAAUUCGACGAAAAAGCCAGAGUAUUCUGGGCUGACUACCUUUUUGGAUGGAACAAGCCCCCCUUUCCUCGACUUAUUCCUCGGACAUUAUCUUCCAAGAAAAUCCAGUCAAGAACAUACAGACAUUCGCACCCGAGCUUGUCUAAUCGCGCAUAUGCCGGGAGCGCCCAAGUACCAUUUCAGGCGGCGCUUGCACUGGUCUGGAGUGGUAUCCUGGGGUUGCAGGACGUCGUAAUAGGCUCUGUAACUUCUGGUCGCACGAUUCCGGUAAAAGGCGUCGAAGGGAUCAUGGGACCGUGCAUCAGCUCAUUGCCGCUUCGUGUCAAUAUGGAGCGUAUGGCUACUAUCGAUGAUCUUGUUAAUAGCAUAUCAUCGAGCAAUCGACAGAUGAUGGAGCAUUCGACGCUGUCGCAGCUUGCCGUCAAGAAAGCUGUGAACAUGUAUGGCGCUGAACAUUUAUAUGACGUACUGCUUGUCUACCAAGAGUCUCUUGAGCAGCGAAAACAGACAAGCAGCGUCAUCAGGGAGAUUGCGCAUAUUGAUAGACUGGAAACCAAGUUAGUGCUCGAAGUGCAGCCAGUCCAGGGCGCUGUCAUACUCCAAGCGACCUUUCACGAUGACUAUUUUCCGUCAGAUCUGGUGGAGAAAAUGCUGAGACAAGUUGGACUACUAUCCUCAGCUAUCAUUGAGAGCCCACAUUCGCCAUUAGAGUCUACGCGAUCAUUGAAAGCAGACAUCUCUGCUUACAAUAUGGGGCUGGAAAAGAUGAACCGCAACUCACGACUGGAUAACCUUGCUGUCGUCGUGGAACAAGCAGCGACUGAGCAUGGUGACCGCCUAGCAGUUUCUUUUGCUACGAAAAUAUCAGCUGCCUCCUUCAAAACAGCAACAAUCACAUACAAAGACCUCAAUCGCAACGCGAAUCGCAUCGCACACUUUCUAUUGAGUCAGAAGGUGCACUCCGGUGAGGUCAUACCUAUCAUCAUGAACAAAUCUAUACGCCUCUACACGGCCAUCCUGGGUAUCAUAAAAGCUGGGUGCGGCUACUUGCCGUUGCUACCUUCGACACCAAAUGUAAGAAUAUCGGAGAUUCUUAGCCAGUCAAAGUCCCGCCUCUGCCUUGCUGAUGAGGAUUCUCUGAGAGAUGUUCCACUUUCAACCGCUGUCCGAACAAUCCUCAUCGAUGAAGAGUCAAUGGAAGACUACUCCGCUGCUGACCCAUCGGUUCACAUCAAAGACAGCAACGCGGCCUACGUCAUCUACACAUCCGGAACAACGGGCACCCCAAAAGGCGUCACUGUCAGCCACAAGAAUAUUGCUAGCAACGUCACCUACCUUGGAAUUGAGUAUCCAGACGCUAAGAAGGGAACGUCAAAGUUCUUGCAAGCCUGCUCGCAGGCAUUUGAUGUCUCGGUCUUUGAGAUAUUUUUCGCAUGGCAUAAGGGUAUGUGUCUGUGUGCUGCGACAAAUGAUGUACUAUUUGCGGACAUUGAGGAGACCAUCCGCAAAUUCGAAAUAACCCACCUCAGUCUGACACCCACAAUUGCAUCGCUUAUUGAUCCAUCCAACGUUCCCAGCAUCGAAUUCUUGGUGACUGCUGGAGAGCCCAUGACUAAUGCUGUCAAUGAACGAUGGAAUAAGUUUCUGUGGCAAGGCUAUGGCCCGUCGGAAACGACGAAUAUCUGCUCCGUCAAGAAGAUGUCACCAUAUGACUACAUUGAACAUCUUGGACUUGUCUUCGGCAACACUUCCGUUGCUGUUCUGGAGCCAAAGGGUUUCUCAACGCUUCCCAUUGGCUGGGCUGGUGAAUUUUGUUUUGGCGGCGAUCAAGUUGCGACGGGCUAUCUCAACAUGCCGCGCCUGACUGCGGAAAAGUUCUUCCAGCACUCAGCUUAUGGCAGACUUUAUCGCUCAGGAGACUUUGGCCGUAUGCUUCCAGAUGGAUCCCUGGUGAUUCUGGGCCGCAUUGAUGACCAAGUCAAGUUGCGAGGGCAGCGCAUCGAAGCUAUAGAGAUAAAUGGCAUUGUGUCGAGGAUAUCUUCCGCAACUGCAGCCGUCACACUUGUGCUGAAACGGAAAGACUCCAUGGGUGAAUGGCUGGUGACAUUCUACGUCAAGGACAAGGCCGUCGAAGAAUUCUGCAUCUUGGAUGCAGACACAGCCACAAAAGAUGAAGUCUUUGCAGAGCUGCAUACCAAGCUGUCCUCGUACAUGGUGCCCUCCUACUUGAUCCCCGUUUCGCGCAUUCCUCUUACUCCCAGUGGAAAGGUCGACAAACGAGCAAUCAACGCUGCCUUUGCGCUGCUAUCGAAAGACUACCUGAAGACAGUUGCCCAUAAUACGUUCACGGAGGAUGAUGAAGACUGGAAUGACGUGGAGCACUCCAUUGCCUCGCUGAUGGCCAGCUCUCUCAAAGUGUCCCGCGACGAUAUUGGCAGGUGGACGCCACUCGCGAUUCUUGGGCUGGACUCACUCUCAGCAAUUCAAGUUUCUCAAAGUCUGACGAAGGAACUCAGCACAACGGUGUCUAUUUCGUCCAUUUUACAGCAUCCGACCGUCGCACAGCUUGCCAGAAAGCUGCAAUCUAACCGAGGAAGUGGCAAUGUCACCCCUGCAAGUGAGUAUUUUGAUGCCAAAUUCCUGGAAUCCGUCAAAUCUAUGCUUGCAAAGGAAAGCAAAGACGUUGUCGAGAUUCUACCAUGCUCUCCACUGCAAGAAGCCAUGGUGUCUCGGGGAAAGUCAAAUUAUUACAACAAGUCGCUUCUGCGCCUUCAUGUCGAUCCCUACGAGAUGAGAGGCUACUGGCAGCACAUGUGCGAGCGCCACAGCAUUCUGCGAACGUGUUUUGUGUCUACGAAUAGCUCGACUUACCCCAUCGCGCAAGUGUCACUCGCUGAAUGGGAGCUUCCAUGCCAUGAGUUUACAGUGACGCAGCCAUCCCUCGAGGGCGCUAUCCAGGAGCAUCUCGGCCUGGUACCAGAGCCACUAGAUACAAGUACCCCUCCUCUAUCGUUGGCUUUGAUAAGGUACGGAGAAAUCAACUUCCUCUCUUUCAUUUGCCACCACGCGCUGUACGACGGAGUAGCGAUGGAGUGCCUCUGGCGUGAGGUAGAAGCUCUUGCUCGCGGCGAGCAGCUGCGGCCGCCUGUUGCUCAAGGUCCAUUCAUCACCGAGAUUUUGAAACUGCCCGGUACUGGAAAGAUAUUCUGGAAGCAGCAGCUUUCAAAUUUCCAGCCAUCGCUCCUGUUCCGCAAGCCCAGCGGAAAGGCUGUCCAGCAAGUCACACAUACACUCACUGUUGAAAGAUCGCUACACAAGACCCAGCACCAGAUAAAGUCGCUUGGUAUUUCUCUUCUCUCUCUCUGUCAGGCUACUAUGGCGAGAUUGCUGGCGAUUUUGAGCCAGAAGAGCGAUGUUUGCUUUGGCAACGUUAUGAAUGGGCGAACAAUCGGUGUCGAAGGAAUCGAAAGGCUGGUGGCGCCUUGCUUCAACACUGUGCCUAUUCGUCAGGAUUUGCCAGCUUCGCUGUCCAAUAUUGAUCUCGCAAAGAACUUGCUGGCUCUGAACACGCGUAUGCUCGAGCACCAGUUCACCCCUUUGCGCCAGGUUCAGAAGAUUGCGGCGACUGAGACAAGGCAUCUUUUUGACGCUCUGCUGCUCGUCCAACAGCCGCUGCAAGAAAUGGAUGUCAAUGUGUGGACGCUAGAAGAAGACGCUGGAGUCAUGGACCUUCCAUUAGUCUGUGAAGUCACUCCUUGCCCAAAUCUCAAUACGCUGGUGCUCGACGUGCAUUACGACAUGUCUGCGGUACCUAAUAUCUUGGCCGCAGGGGUCGCUGAACUGUUCAAGCACAUACUCUUACAAAUUCUCGAAUCUCCCCAUGCAGUGUUGGACAACCGCCAUAUCCCCGAGUCGCUGCUUGAUCAAGUUCGUCUCCGGCAGCUGUACUUCUUCGAAAAUAAUGAAGACGAGUAUGAGAAAGAUGGCAGCGACUCCACCUGGUCCGAAGAAGAGCUUGCUGUUCGAGGUGUUUUGGCUGAACUAUCUCAAGCCCCCGCUCAGCGCAUCGACCGGACUACCAGUUUGUUCAAGCUCGGUCUUGACAGUAUUAGUGCUGUUCAAGUAGCGGCGUUCCUUCGCCAGAAAGAUUACUCCAUUUCUGCAUCAGACAUUAUUGAGUGUCAGAACUGCUUGAAGAUCGCCAAACGGAUAUUUGACAACGGCUAUCAACCAAAGAAGGAGCUGAAGCUGUACGACUUUGCCGCAUUUGAUACCGAUGUGCGUCCUUUGCUGAGCAUCACCGAGGACGGGUACGAAUUACUCCCCUGCACGCCCAUGCAGUCCGCUAUGCUCUCCGCUUACGUUUCCUCUGAUGGAGUGCAUUAUCUCAAUGAAAUAACCCUUGAGAUGAACGAUAAAAUCACUGCUGCAUUAGUGGUCGAAAAGUGGACGCAGCUGGUCGCUGCCCAUUCGAUGCUCAGGACUGGCUUUGUUCCAGUUCGUCAUACCGACUGCGCCUACGCCAUGAUUCAAUAUGGAAGCGUGAGGAGCGAACAAUUCGUAUAUAUUGAGAAUGACGAGUUUAGCCCAAGAUGCUGGAAGAAGAAUGCAACAAAGGGUAUACAAGCAGCCUUGCACUUGCCGCCGUGGAGGCUGGCGGUUGCGAUGAUGGAUGGUGUGGUUCGGGUUCAUCUGGUCAUGCACCACGCGCUCUAUGAUGCAACUUCACUUCAAGAACUGUUGUCCAAUUUUGGAAGACUUUUGAAUAGUCAAGAAAUCCCGUCCGUGCAGGAUGUCCGUGUUGGUCUUUCUAGAGUGUUGCAGCGCAGCGCAGAAGAGCAGGAAGAAGCUUCUGCAUUUUGGCGACAACUGGGAGAUCAGGCAACAAUUAACCGCUUCCCGCUUCUUACACCACUCAGAGAAACGAACAGAGUUAUACUCAUUGAAGAACUUCCCUCCGCACUUACAAGUUCCGAUCUGCACCAACUGACGAAGAGCUUGGGGAUCUCUGUGCAGACAGCGAUCUUGGCGUCGUGGACUAGGCUCUUGUCAGGCUACAGCGGAGAGGAAGCAGUCGUCUUUGGAGUCACAUUCUCAGGCAGGACGUGUGAAGCCACCCUCAGUACACCUGUACCGUGCCUGACAACUGUACCGGUCGUUGCUCAGAAUGUCGGGUCAAACAAAGAUCUUUUGGAUGAAAUGAUGCGAUCGAUCUCCAGUAUUCACCAACAUCAGUUUCUUCCACUGAGCCGCAUUCAGAAGGAAAUGGGUCACCCUGCAACGCCACUCUUUGACACACUUGUUGCAUAUCAGAAGAUUGAGGGUGAGACUGGCGAGCGACCCUGGGUGCAGAAACAAGACGAUGCAGCUGCCGAGUUUCCGGUGUCGCUCGAAGUCGAACCCGCCAGUGACGGCAGUAUUUGCCUUCGACUCACUUGUUUCAGUGACAUUAUACCUUCCGAGCAAGCCAGAAUGCUGUUGCGUCAAUUUGACGCCACCAUAGAAGAUCUGCUCCUAAACCCAGACGGCCACCAGUACAAUCUACACAGACACCAUCCGCAGAUUUUCGCAAUAUCCGCACCUUUGGAACCUACUAUGAAUGCGCCUGUCGAGCUUUUACAUCAAUUUGUGGAACUCCAGGCGAAGCUCAACCCAAAUAAGAUCGCACUGGAGCAUGUCAGCGGAUUCCGUGGCAAAAAACCAAUCCGCGAUCGAUGGACAUUCGCUCAAAUCGAUUCCAUUGGUAACCAGGUGGCAAAUAUGCUGUCAAGCCGAACUGAAGCUGGAAGUAUCAUUGCAGUUCACUUUGACAAAUGCCCUGAAGCGUAUUUUGCGAUCCUGGGCAUCUUGAAGUCAGGCUCUGCAUUUGUCGCCCUUGACUUUAACGCCCCGAAUGCUCGGAAGGAGUUUAUCCUACAAGACUCGCAAGCCCCCUGUCUACUCACCAGCCAUGGUAGUGUCAUUGACUUUGCAGCGCCUUGCCCUGUCAUUGUAAUUGACGAUGCCCUUCUCGCAGACUACCCAGAAGUUUCAUUCCAGUGCAUGAUGGCGUUUCAAGACCUCUUUCGGGGCCACUGGACAGACGAUUCACGAUGGCUCCAGUUUGCGGCGCUGCAUUUCGAUGUGUCGGUGCUUGAACAGUAUUGGAGCUGGUCCGUUGGAAUGACAGUCGUUGCCGCGAAGAAGGAUUUAAUCCUAGACGACCUCAUCGGCUUCAUUAAUAAUGCCGACAUUACACACAUUGACUUGACACCGAGUCUGGCCAGACUCACUCACCCCGACACAGUUCCCGGUCUUUGUCGCGGCGUCUUCAUCACUGGCGGAGAACAGUUGAAACAAGAAAUUUUGGAUGCGUGGGGGUCCAAAGCCGUCAUUUAUAACGCCUACGGCCCGACGGAAGCUACGAUUGGUGUUACUACCUACCAACGCGUGCCGCAAAAUGGCCGACCUAGUAAUAUCGGCAGACAAUUCCGAAAUGUAGGGUCGUAUGUCUUCCACAAAGAUACGGAGAUUCCCGUGUUUCGAGGCGCCGUGGGAGAGCUUUGCGUCAGCGGCAAGCUUGUCGGCAAGGGCUACCUUAACAGGCCGGAGCUGACAGACACAAAGUUUCCGACCCUGGAAGCCUUUGGUGAAAGAGUCUAUCGGACCGGGGACUUGGUUCGCAUCAUGCACGACGGAUGCUUCGAGUUUCUUGGUCGGGCCGAUGAUCAAGUGAAACUGCGCGGCCAGAGAUUGGAAUUGGGUGAGAUUGAUCAUGUCAUCCGGUCUAUCAAUAACAUCCACGAUGUGACUACACUCGUCAUAAAGCACAAAUCAAGUGGAAAAGAUGUGCUUGUCUCUUUUAUCGUGGAGAGUCAAACGAACGACGCGCCGCUAGCUGUUGUUGAAGACGGCAGUGGUGCCAGCACCGAUGCGAGGAAUAUUUGUCGAGACAAGCUCCCUGGAUACAUGGUUCCGACCUAUUUCUUGAAGCUGCCAUUCAUUCCUCUUUCCCCGAACAACAAGGCAGAAGCAAAACAACUCAGGAAACUCUUCUUGGAGCUUUCGCAAGAAGAAUUGGUCAAAUUCGGCUCCGCCACAGUGCAGCGCAACCUGUCCAAGGACAGCUUAAGCUAUCAGAAGCUCAUCUCCUCGCUGGCACAAUUCUGUAAAGUGGAUGACACGGCAGUUGAAGAUUCUGUAAGUAUCUUUGAUCUCGGUGUCGAUUCAAUCACGGCCCUGUCACUCUCCGCCUUUUUGGUCGAAAGAGGGAUGUCUGCUGCCUCACCAGCACUCAUCCUUCGCAACCCUAUUGUGGCAGACCUCGCCAUCGCGCUGUCCACAAACUCCUUCCACGACGCAUCAGCAGAGCUGAGGCGAACCAAACAGCAAGCCCAAGCUUUUGAGCACAAAUACAGAGCGCGUGUCUGCAGAGACUUGUCCACCUUACCGGCGUCCAUUGAGUAUAUUUACCCAUGCUCUCCGCUACAGCAGGGAAUGCUGGCAAGAGCCGCAGUUGAAGAUGACGAGGGUGCGUAUUUCAAUACUUUCAAGUUUUACUUGAAGCCCGAUACUUCUGUGUCAUUGUUGAAAUUCGCAUUCAACUCGCUGUUUGAGCAGGAAUCUAUCCUUCGGACAACGUUUUUGCAUACCCCUGAUGGGUAUGUCCAAGUUGCGUGCAAGGGAGCCAGCCUACCAUGGGAAGACCGUCGUCUUGGUGGAGAUGAGGAAGUUGACGAUGUUGUUGACUCGCUGCGACAGACAUGGAUAACGGACAACAUUGUUCGUUUGCAUACACCCGUCAAAGUUGCCUUCGUCACUGGUGCGAGGGUUAAAAUGGUUGUGCUGCACAUUUUCCAUGGCUUUUCCAAAGUCAAAGCAGGCCCAUCUUUCGCAGACGCCCUCAUUCACGGACCACUGAGAAAUCACGAACACAUCAAACAGGCGUGGAUGGAGCACCUGGAUGGCUGGUCUGACGCCUCAAUAUCUCUGUCUCAAGAAAACAAAACCGUUGUCCCGAUAACUAAUGUUCGAGUCCUUGGCCUUUCGAAAACCGAGCGGAUUGGAUCAUCCAAAAAUGUCACCAUGCAGUCUUUACUGCUUGCUGCUUGGGCGGCCACCCUUCAAAAAUAUAGCCGCGGCAAUACCACUACGGGGGUCAUCAUUUCCGGAAGAUCGAUCGCCCUGCCUGGCAUAGAGCAAACCGUCGGGCCAAUGUUCAACACGCUCCCGUUCUUUGCCAAAUUCUCGUCGGCGUCGACUUGGCAGUCCCUUCUUCAGCGAUGCCAGGACUUUAACGGAAUGGUUCUCGAGGAUCCUCAUGUCCCGUUGCAGCAGCUGCAAAAGUGGUCGUCCAACAGCAAACCAUUAUUCGAAAGCCUCUUUGCCUACCAAAUAGAAGACAAGACGACACCAAAAGAUGACAUGCCAUGGGAUAUCGAGGAUGGCGGUUUGCAUCCCGACUAUCCCUUGGCCUUGGAAGUCACAAAACGAUGCGACGAUACUAUUCAGGUACUUGUGGUCGCGAAGGGUGGCUUGACAAGUGAAUCAGAGUUGGAGGGUAUACUGGAUAUAUUUGAAGACAUGCUCGCAAGCAUUGAAGAGGAUGCAUCUAUACCUGUUCAAGUGGAAAUUGCCCAGCUCGAUGCCUCGGGAGCGGAGCAGGCGAGAACGAUGAGUGAGGAUGCACAAGAGGGUUGGGGCCUGAAUGCGGAGAUUCUGCAGCGAGAAAUUGGAGCUCUAUCCAGUGUAUCUGAUGCUGACAUUGCGCCCUCUACCACCUGGCUUGAGCUCGGCCUGGAUAGCAUCGACGCGGUCCAGCUCUCUGCUCGUCUUAAGAGACAGAAUAUGGUGAUCAGCCCAUCAGCAAUUAUGAAAGGACGCUCGAUGGCAUCUCUGGCGAGCUCGCUAUCACAAUUGACAAACGUCCAUGAGUUAGAUGAGAUCAGCAAUCUACAAGGUGCAAAAUCCAAGCUCCGCCAAUACGUCGAGGCGACUGGCCUUGACAAGGCACAACUUGACGAUGUCCUUCCAACAACGCCGCUUCAAGACGCCAUGGUAUCUGGCAUGUUGGAUUCCGACUUUACGUGGUAUUUCAAUCAUGAAGUACUCGAAGUAGCUCCCGGUGUUGACGUCUUCAAGCUUCAGGCCGCCUGGUCCAAACUCUUUGACGCAUCCCCCAUCCUGCGAACGGGCUUCGUGGAGCUUACCGAUCCCCAAGCGCCGGCUGUCUACGCGCAGGUAGUCUACAAGACUUUUCCGGACAUAUCAACUGUGGCUCUAACGUCUGUGGACGAGCUUCAGAUUAUUCAAGAACAAAACAAAUCCCGCGCCAGUCAAGAUGCGGCCAAGAAAAACCUAGCGAGAGUUGUACGCGCCAGCGUUGGGGACAAGACAUUCUUUGUGUUCUCCAUUUCGCACGCUCUGUACGAUGGAUGGUCUCUGGGCCUGCUUCAUCAAGAUUUGAGAACGAUUUACCAUGGCAAAGCAGUCUCCAGACCAUCGCCCGACCAAUUCUUGUUCAAGUCGGUCAGUUCCCUCACCUCUGAGGCGGAGGGCUUCUGGGUCAAUUAUCUUGAAGGCGUGCGGCCGACAAUUGUACCCCGAUCAGAGCCUGAUUCUUCCGAUGGUUCCACAUUGAAGGCGAUUUCCUCCGUCGGAUUCGGUGAUAUUAGUCGUUUCUGUCGAAAACAAAAGAUUAGUCUUCAAGCGCUCUGCCAAGCCUGCUGGGCGAUUAUCCUCGCACGCAGAACGCGCUCGCUCGACGUUGUCUUUGGCUCCAUCCUCUCGGGGCGCGACUUUGACGGCGCCGAAGAUCUCUUGUUUCCCACGAUGAAUACCAUCGCAGUCCGAUGUAUUUUGCACGGAUCCGUCGGCGCAUUCCUGCAGUACAUGGAGGACAACCUCGGCGAGCUGCGGUCGUACCAAAUGUUUCCACUCCGCAAGGCCAUGAGAGCAGCCAAGAUGGCUGGAAAAGACCUUUUCAAUUCCUUGUUCCUGUUGCAAAGGUUUGACGAGGGAAGUAAACAGGAAUCUCUCUUCCAGUCCGUUCAAGGAUCGUCGGGCGUGGACUAUCCGGUCUGUGUGGAAGCGGCGGCGAGUGGAGAUGCUUUGGAGUGGACGGUGGCUUGUCAGGGCCAAUCCGACGACGGCCAGUUUUCAGGAGAUAUCCUCGUGGAGCUGGAUGCUGUUCUCGGCUACAUCUUGAAAAAUACAGAUGAAGAUGUUGUCGUCUUUUCGCAGGCAGGCACCCAAAUCUGCGGAUCAGCGCCUAUUACUUUGAUGGAGGAUGACGAUAAAGGCCCCCAAAUCAACGAGACUACCUCUUACGAGUGGAAUGACACGUCUACGACAAUCAGAGAGGUCUUGAGUCAAGUCUCCAACAUUCCAGAAGAAUCCAUCGAUGUUUUGAGCACGCUCUAUCAUCUGGGUCUUGACUCCAUUACAGCCAUCAAAGUAUCGACUCUAUUGAAACUGAGGGGUGUAUUCCUGCGGCCGACGGAACUGGUGCGCGCCACGAAUAUCGCGCAUAUGGCUGAGCAAGCAAGCACAUUCAGUAUCUCUGAAACAUUCGAGACGGAAUUAUCUUGGACAGCGCCGAAGCACGUCAGUGUUGACGUCAUUUUGAGUGAAGCUGGUAUCUCUAGAGCCCAGGUCGCGCAUGUCCUGCCCGCGUUGCCUAUGCAGGUGUACAUGAUGAGUACAUGGCAAAACACCAAUGGCAAAAUGUUCUGCCCAGAAUUCACGUACCAGCUUUCUGGACCCCACACCGUCGCAGACGUUUAUGAUGCGUGGGCGCAAGUGGUGGCGCAGCUAUCAAUGCUGCGCACAUGUCUCUUUGCUACUGGAGAGCAGGACCUGCCGUUUAUUCAAGUCUUGCUCAAACCUGAUGUCCCUUAUGCUGGGAUACAGCCAUUUUGUUGCGGCUACGCAUCCACCAUGCGCUUUACGAUGGAAACGUCGCUGCUCAAAGAAGCCGCCGUCUCCAACACCACAACUCUGGGUGCGCUCGCCGCUACCCAUGGCAUCAGUAUGCAGUCCCUUAUCCUCGCUGCGUAUGCGCUUUCCAUUCCCCACGCACCAUCCUCAGACAUUGUGCUCGGCCUCUACCUCGCCAACCGCACCGAGGAUCGCAUCCCGACGACCCUACCCACACUCAACUUGGUCCCGCUUCGCAUCAUGGCUCGCGACGGAGAUGACGUCUUGCAGGUCGCGCGGUGCAUACACAGCGACAUGCAGCGCAUAUCGACCGAGGAGCACGCGCAGGUCGGUCUGUGGGAGGUUGCGCAGUGGACGGGCGUUAAGGUGGACAGAUUUGUCAACUUUUUGACGCUGCCGACUGUCGAAGACGACAGGGCAGAUAUUUCUUUGCGGCUUUUGCCGAGUGAAUCCGUCGAACAUGACGAUAAAACUGCAAAUUGCAAUGUUGCUGAUGCGUCGAUUGCAAAAAAUGCAAUUCGUCAUCUUUAUCCAGACUCUGUGGAUGUUGAAGUCGCUGUACGCAAUGGCCAGCUUGACGUUGGUGUUUUUGGACCGCAGACACUCAUCACGGAACAAGGUGCGCAGGAGUUGGUGCAUAACAUUGCGCAGAGGUUGAAUGCUAUCCAAGCGUUGCAUUUAGCAUGA